AGCAUUCGGGAGUGGACGGGGACUCUGUCCACCGUGUCAGUGCUAGUCCCCAAUUCGGCAGAGCAUGGAGCGGGUGCCUGUAGUAGAGAGAAUUCUCCAAAGUCCGUGAUGUGGGGAGAGCUGGUAUUUGCUAGUUUCCAACUACUGUUUCUCCCCAGAGGUUUUUAGAACAGCCACUCUUAGACUUGUCAUGGAAUUAAAGAAAACUACCUCCAGGGCGUACAAUGCUGCUCUCCUGCUGCCACUUUUCCUCUUAUUUUGGGCAGGAACUUCAUAUUCUCAAAAUGAUAGCAGCUGUUCCUCAUCCCCAUGUAAAAACGGUGGGAGCUGUAAGGAUUUGGAAAUGGGUUACCAAUGCACCUGCCCUGUGGAGCCUGUAGCCUACAUGGGCGUGAACUGUGAACUCCUCUAUGAUGCAUGCAUUAAACAUGGGUGUCCUGCCCAUAGGAUUUGCAACGGGACUCCAGGACUGCUGGAAUAUGAAUGCAUCUGUAUGCCUGACUUCACAGGUACUGAUUGUAACAUUAAUAUUAAUGAGUGUGAGAGCAACCCUUGUAAAGAUCCUCGUUUUGAAUGUGUAGAUAGUGUAAAUGGAUACACCUGUAAAUGCCAAACAGGACUGAAUGGAGAAGGCUGCCAAACAGAAAGUUCUGUGUGCUCUAGCCACCCCUGCCUAAAUAACGGGACAUGUGUCGAGGGUCCUGGGGACUAUACCUGCAUCUGCCAGCCUGGCUUCAGCGGGGCCAACUGCAGUGACAACAUUGAUGAGUGCGCCUCCAACCCCUGCCAGAAUGGAGCCAUCUGCCGAGACAGGGUGAAUGAGUAUAGCUGUUUCUGUGUGCCUGGGUUCCAAGGAUACAACUGUGAAAUAGACAUCAACGAGUGUGCGUCCCGGCCCUGUAAAAACAAUGGCACCUGCCUGAAUGAGAUGGAUCACUAUUUGUGCAAGUGCAUCCCCGGCUACACAGGUACGAAUUGUGAUGCUGAAAUAGAUGAAUGUGAUGCAGACCCUUGCCAGAAUGGGGGCCUGUGCAAUGAUCAUGUUGGGUUCUACACCUGUACCUGUGCGCCAGGUUAUGAAGGAAUCCAGUGUGAGGUUGACAUCGAUGAAUGCGCGAGCCAGCCAUGCCAGCACAAUGGGACAUGUCAUGACCUCACUAACAGCUACCGUUGUGACUGCAGUGACACAGGCUUCGAGGGGGACCACUGUGAGUUGGAUAUUCUGGAGUGUGCCUCUGAACCCUGUCUGAACGGUGCCACAUGCGUGGAGGGAAUCAAAAACUACAGCUGUGCCUGCUGGCCAGGUUACACGGGGCAGCACUGUGAAGAGGAUGUGGAUGAGUGUGCGACAGAUCCUUGUCACAACGGAGGUGUAUGCUUUGAGCGAUCCAACCAAGCCUAUUAUGGAACACAACCUGAUUUUCCCAGUAAUUUCAGCUAUAGCCAAGCAGCUGGUUUCCUCUGUUGGUGCCAGCCAGGCUUUGCAGGGGAGACCUGCUUUAUUAACAUCAAUGAGUGCGAGUCCCAGCCGUGUCAGAAUGGAGGGCUCUGCGUGGACCUUAUUAACGACUUCCUUUGCCAUUGCCUACCAGGCUAUUCAGGUGUGGAAUGUGCGGUUAACAUCAAUGAGUGUGAGGAGGGUCCCUGCAAGAAUGGAGCUGUCUGUGAGGAUGGCAUUGCUGACUAUACCUGCCACUGUGCCCCUAGCCAGGAUGGCAUUGUAUGGGGAGGGAAGAACUGCUCUGUCAAGCUCACUGGGUGCCAGACGCACGACUGCCAAAAUGAGGCCUUGUGCAUCCCAACCUACCAAGCUGAGAGCCACGGCCACCUGUGCCAGUGCCAGCCUGGUUUCUAUGAUGCCACAUGCUCAACACCAACAACGUUUUCCUUUGCUUCCAGAGGGUAUCUCCUCAUUGAGCUGCCCAUGAACAAUCAGAGCAGGAGGGACGUAGCAGGAGAUCAGCUUGCCAACGUGUCCCUCCGGUUCCGAACUACCUUGCCCAGCGCUAUCCUUUUUUACCGAGGCCAUGAAGCUGAAUACUUGUUCCUGGAGCUCUUUGACGGCAUUCUGCAUGCGGGACUGAAGAGGGAGGAUGUGGGGUACCCACUGCUCCUGGAGGGGCUGAGAGUUGAUGAUGGCCGGUGGCAUAAAGUUGAAGUUGUUCUGCACAGCAUGCUGCAGCUAAAGCUCUGGCAUGACUCUUGCGGUGCAGGUGUCUGCCUGCAGAGCUCCCCUGUCCCAGAUGGCGCUGCCCUGGUCCCGCAUGCCUUCCUGAACAUGUAUGUUGGAGGUGCUGAGGAUCCAAUGGCCAACAACACGCAGAGCCAGCAAGGCUUUGUCGGCUGCGUGGAAGACUUGCAGGUAGAUGCUGAAGCUGUGCUCCCGGUGGAUCUGCCUGUGGGCGAGUCCUCCCCAGUGAAGCAGGGCUGUGACCGGACAGAGUGGUGCCUCUCCCAGCCCUGCUUGCACGGAGGGCUGUGUGUGGACCUCUGGGCAACCUUCAGGUGUGACUGUUCUAGGCCUUAUGGAGGCCCAGCUUGCUCAUAUGAGCGCCCAGCAGCAACAUUUGGCCUAGAGAAUUCCACCAGCUUUGCCUCUUUCACCCUUUCUGAUAGCCUUGGUGCAAACUUCAACAUCUCCUUUUUCAUUCGUAGUCGGAAACCUAACGGUUUGCUAUUGCAAAUCAGCAACAAAACUGACCCCUGCCUCACUAUAUACUUGAAGAACGGCAAGCUGAAGAUAGAGAUGUUAUCGACAGAUACUGUGACAUUCCCAGAAAAUUUAGUUGAUGGGAGAAGACAUUUGGUAGCUCUGUCUUUCCAAGGAGGAAUUGUUGGUGCUCACCAAUCAGAUGCAUAUGUGGAGCUAGGACAGCUCAUAGCAAGACCUCUUCUAGCUGGUUAUGAAGUGUAUAUUGGUGGACACCCUAACCCAGACAGCAGUGAUGCGUGGGGAGGCUAUUUUAAAGGCUGUUUGCAAGACAUCCAACUGAACAGCCACCAAAUAGAGUUUUUUCAGGUUGAGAACUACAGUCUGCCACAGGAACUCAAUAGUUCUCAAAGUGGUAAUCUUGUGAAUGGUUGCAUCUCUGAUAACACCUGCAAGUCUGAACCAUGUCAGAAUGGUGGCAGAUGCAUUGUCACUUGGAAUGAUUUCCAUUGCAGCUGUCCAGCAAAUUUCACUGGGAAAUUUUGUGAAGAGAGAGUCUGGUGUGCAAGUGACCCAUGUCCUGAAGCUACCACCUGUAUAGAUGUCCUGGCAGGAUAUGUGUGUCUGGCUAAUGCAACAUUUAAUAGUUAUGCUGCUAUUGAAUUUACCACCAAUACGUCAGUGACUCGAACUCUGAGCAGCCUCCGUGUGGAUUUCAGAACCAGGGAUGAAGAUGCUAUUUUGCUGCGGGCUGUGGAAGAAGUGGAUUCCCUCCAGAUAGCUAUCAAGAACUCCUCCCUGCUCGUGGACAUCAGGAGUGGGAACAGCAUCGAAGGUGUCAGCUUUCUGAGUCAGAAGUCCGUCACGGAUGGUGCCUGGCAUACCAUCUCUGUGUCUAUGGAAGAGCCAUCUGCACUUUCUUCCAGGUGGCUGGCUCGUUUGGAUGGGUCUGUUAAUACAACUCUGCAGGGAAGUGCUGGGAACCUGGACUUCCUGAAGAACAAUGCAGUAAUUGUUCUAGCUGAAAAUUUCACUGGCUGCCUGGGACAAGUGAAGAUAGGGGGGAUCUACCUGCCGUUCGCUGCCCAUCUCGCGUACCCCCAGCCGGAACAGUUCCAGCAGUCCAGCAGAAGGACCAUCCAGCUGGGCUGCACUGGGGCUGAUGUUUGCGCUUCUAGCCCUUGCCUCAAUGCUGGCACCUGCCAGGACUUGUUCAAUUCCUUCAGCUGUGCCUGCAGUGCUGGCUGGGCAGGGCUGCUGUGUGAGUCUAACGUUGAUGACUGCCAGUCAAACCCGUGUGUUCAUGGGGACUGUGUUGAUGCAGUAGCAGAUUUUCAGUGUGAAUGCUUCCGGGGGUACAUUGGGAAGAAGUGUGACAUCAAUGUUGAUGACUGUGUGCGGCACCAGUGCCUGAAUGGAGCGACCUGCAUUGAUGGCGUUUAUGGCUACUCCUGCAAGUGCCCGCCUCAGUAUUCUGGACCUCGCUGCGAAUGGCCAUUCCCACCUGAGCAAUGUGGCAAGAACUUCACCUGUCUGAACGGUGGCAAGUGCAUCAGCGAGAGCUGGGGAGCCAACUGCACUUGCAAGCCAGGCUUCACUGGAAGGAAUUGUCAAAUUAACAUAAAUGAGUGUGAUCCGAACCCUUGCCAGAAUGGAGGUACGUGUCAAGACUCUGAGAACAAAUACGAGUGUUUGUGCAGUGCCAGCUACACGGGAGAGCGCUGCGACGUUAACAAAGGGACUCCAGGUGCUCUCUUCCCCUCCCCACUAAUUGAAGUAGCUGUCCCUGUAGCCUGUGGUUCUUUACUGCUGCUCAGUAUUGGGCUCAUAUUCAUGAUUCUCACUGCAAGGAAGAGGCGCCAAUCAGAGGGAACCUACAGUCCGAGUCAGCAAGAAGUGGCAGGAGCUCGGCUGGAGAUGGACAGUGUCCUAAAGGUGCCACCUGAAGAGCGGUUAAUAUAGGCGCUGCCAUGACAAGGAGAUGCACCUGCAAGGUCGGCUUUGACCUUGAUCUUUUUCCAGCACUUGCAGCCACAGAUCCACCCUAUCUCAGUUUCCUUAAGGCAUGGUAAUGAAGACAUGGACCUAGAAGUACAAGGCAGACUGUGUAUGCAAUAGCUGUUCCAGCUGGUUUCAGUUAAUUGAGUCAAUUGCACUGCGCUGGCUCAAAGUGAGCCUCCUUACUCCCCUCUCUGCUGCCCCACAGCCCCCCCCGUACCCUCCCCUCUGCAGGAGCUGCUGGGGUGCGCCUGCUUUGAAGUUGCCCUUGCUCCGUUCCACCUUUCAGGCAGCAAUGGCAUAGCGAAAUCUGCGUUAAAAAGGCAGGGCUAAAUGAGGCACUAAUUUACAGAUUGAGAUCUAUAUAUACUUUUAAGGAGCGUUGUACAGAGGGUAUUUACGAUUGGUUUGUAUAUACUGUUCUGUUUUUUCAAUAAUUGCAAACCAUUCAAAGCGUUUGCAGCUCAGGUGUGAGGUUUUCACAAGCAGUCCUCAACAGCAACAGCAGCUGUGAACUCCUGCCCUGUGCCAGCCAGGGCGUUACAGGGGAUUGUCAGGAAUUACUGAAAUCAUUGUACCAAUCCAUGUUUUAUGAAGUGAUCUCUGUUAGACAUUCCCACGGGUACCGCGCAGCAGAGGUGCAGUCGGAACUUUGCGGGGGUGGGGGCCAGUGCUGGAGCUGGUGGCAGUGCCUGUUGCCAGAUGCUGCACUUGAAGCUUACGUGGGGCAGGAGAGGCCACCGGGCUGCUCCUGCCUUCCCUGGGCUCUUUUGUGACAUGGGGGGGGGGGGGGGAAUGACGGUGAAAGGGGGGAAGCUCCUGUCCAGCGCUGCUGUUGGCUCAGUGCAGCUUCGGGGAGGCGGGAUGAGGGAUGUGAAAUGCAGCACUGUCUACGCAGAAGCUCUGAGUAACACCCUGUUCUACCACAGCAGCCAGUGUGGGCGCAUCUUAGCAACUCCUCCGUUGUGGGAGCAGUCGGGGCUGCAGGGGCUGCCCUACUCCUUGCAGUUGUUGCAGCCACGGUGAUUGUCAUGAAGAGGAGGAGAGCAACUCAGGGAACAU